GAUAGGCAUUUUGCCUGCAUCCCAAUUCCUCUAAAUUUUUUUGCAUUUUGUCCUGUGAAGCCAUUGAUUAAUUAAUCUAGCAAAAUGGUGGCUAAGAGGUUCUUUUUAGCUCUUUUCUUUGUCUUGUUAUUACUCUCAAAAUCCUAUGCUUUAUCCUAUCGAAAAAAUAGAGCUCGAAAACCAUGCAAAAGAUUGAUCUUUUAUUUCCAUGACAUUAUUUACAAUGGCAAGAACACCAAAAAUGCAACUUCUGCUAUUGUAGGUGCACCAGCUUGGGCUAACAAGACCAUCUUGGCUGGGCAGAGCCAUUUUGGUGAUUUGGUUGUGUUUGAUGACCCCAUUACUCUAGACAACAAUCUGCACUCAACGCCAGUAGGCCGUGCACAAGGGAUCUAUGUAUAUGACAAAAAAGAAAUUUUCACUGCUUGGCUAGGUUUCUCCUUUGUUUUCAACUCCACUGAGCAUAAGGGAAGCAUUAACUUUGCUGGGGCUGAUCCACUGAUGAACAAGACUAGAGAUAUUUCAGUAAUUGGUGGUACAGGAGAUUUCUUUAUGGCUAGAGGAGUAGCCACAUUGAUGACUGAUGCAUUUGAGGGUGAAGUUUAUUUCAGGCUUCGUGUUGAUGUUAACUUGUAUGAGUGUUGGGUGUAAAAGGAUUGAUCUGUUGGCCUGCUAUUAGAUAGUGGUGCCUAAGCUAAAUUUUUCCUAAAUUUCUUAGUAAAAUAAAUUUUCUCUGCCUAUGUGAAAAAGAACUUGCACGAGGGUUGGUAACAAGAAUACGUGCGUGUCUUCUUUCUCU